AUGCCCACAUCUCGUGGCUGUAAAAAAGUAUUGCAAACUGUGAUGAGGACAGUAGAAUUUCAAAAGACAUUGAGAAGUCCUCUUCGUCGGGUGGCAAAUCAGAUUCCUGAAGAAAUCCUAAAUGACAGCAAGCUCCAGGAGGCUGUGCAGGUACUGCCCAGUAACUACAACUUUGAGAUCCAUAAGACUGUCUGGAGAAUAAAGCAAGCAGAUGCCAAAAGAGUUGCCCUGCAGAUGCCUGAAGGACUCCUGAUGUUUGCCUGCGUGAUUGCUGAUAUCAUCGAAAGGUUCACGGGAGCUGACACCCUGAUAAUGGGUGAUGUAACCUAUGGAGCAUGCUGCGUGGAUGAUUUCACAGCCAAAGCCCUUGGAGCUGACUUCCUGGUGCAUUAUGGCCACAGCUGUCUCGUUCCGAUUGACUCCACAGCUGGAAUAAAGAUGCUGUACGUGUUUGUCGAUAUCAAAAUCGACAGUGCGCAUUUCGUCGACACAGUUCGAUUCAACUUUCCCAAGGGGUCAGCGCUCGCUCUGGUCAGCACCAUCCAGUUUGUGGCUGCAUUGCAGUCCACCAGCCAGGAACUGCGAUCAGAAUACGAUGUGUGCGUCCCGCAGUGUAAACCACUGUCGCCAGGUGAAAUUCUGGGAUGUACCUCACCUCGCAUUGAAAAACCCGUCAGGGCCAUCAUUUACCUUGGCGACGGGCGCUUCCACCUGGAAUCCAUCAUGAUCGCGAACCCCGGUGUCCCAGCCUACAGAUACGACCCUUACAGCAAAGUACUGACACGUGAGUUCUAUGAUCAUGAAACCAUGCAGGCCAUCAGGAAGGACGCAAUAGCGACGGCUGCAAAAGCAACAAGGUGGGGCCUGAUCCUCGGAACACUUGGGCGACAAGGAUCACCCAAGAUCAUGGAGCACGUGGAAUUCCAGCUCCGGACCCUCAAAGUGCCGUACAUCAUUGUACUGUUAUCCGAGAUCUUCCCAGACAAACUCCGGCUUUUCCAAGAGGUCGAUGUAUGGGUCCAGGUUGCCUGUCCGAGACUUUCCAUUGACUGGGGAAAGGCCUUUUCCAAACCCCUGCUCACUCCAUAUGAGGCAGCAGUGGCUCUCAAACAGAUCGAGUGGCAACAUCAAUACCCGAUGGAUUUCUACGCCAACCAGUCACUCGGUCCGUGGACUGUCAAUCAUGUGACUCACCAAACCAUAAGGAAAAGCAGGAAGGCUACAGAGGGGAAGCCAACAGAGGUACAGCCCACAGCCUCAGUGGGGCAAUGCAUAGACCAAAGCUGCCAGCAGGAAUCAGCAUGUAAAAGUCAGCUGGAGGAACACUCUCUCCCUCCAAGGCAAUGACGAGGCAACUCUGAGCCUGACCUUUGACGGUACACCAGAGGGAGUGAACAACAGGAGGAACCGAGUCAAGAUAAACGCGGGCCAUCCAGUUCAGUUCGGCUUUGAUGUUUGUUCAGCUCCUGUUUGAUAGCGCUGUACAGAUUACAUAGUUCUGAAAAUUCCAACAUUCUUGUGUUUCAGGGAUGUUUCACAUAUCUGGAAAUAAUCAAAGUUUUUUUUUAAUUUGAGGGGAACUCUGGAAGAGUUUCAAAGUAACUUUCAAUAAAAUGUAAAUGAAUCAGA